UAUAUAUACACUCAAGCUUCUUGACCAUCCCAACUCACUUCCUACUUGUAAAAAUUUUCAAUUCAGGGCCAGCAGUGUUUCUGAUUUUUCCCGGAUCGAGCAGCUGGUUAUCUUGGAACUUUAUGUCGUUCUUUGCCUGAGCUACUUUUUUGGAGACGACUGCAAUCUUCUUUAGUUUGGCGUGGAAAUGGAAAAUCGUGGAAAGAAGGUGUUGCUUACUUCCAAUGGUGAUGACAUUUGCAAUAACAUUGCUUACCAUUUAGCUCAGAGGGGUUGCCAGUUGGUUUUGUUGGGAAAUGAGAGCCAAUUGAAGAGUGUAGCAGAGAAGAUAAAGCAUUCUCUAGAGGGUAGCGUUGCAGUGGAAGUUGUGGGAUUGGACAUGACGGAGGAUAGAGAAAGUGCUUAUGAGGAAGCUGUGGAGAAGGCGUGGAAGAUAUUUGGACAUUUGGAUGCUUUGGUACACUGCUAUUCUUAUGAAGGGAAAAUGCAAGAUCCACUGCAGCUAGUUGAAGACGAGUUCAAAAAGAUUGUCAAGAUAAAUUUUAUGGCUGGAUGGUACCUGUUGAAAUGUAUUGGUAAAAGAAUGCGAGAUAAUAAAUCCGGAGGAUCCAUUGUAUUUCUGACCUCGAUCAUUGGUGCUGAGAGAGGAAUAUAUCAAGGAGCUGCUGCUUAUGGUUCAUGUGCGGCUGGAAUACAGCAGCUGGUUAGGCUAUCUGCACUAGAGAUGGGGAAGCACCAAAUUAGGGUGAAUGGCAUAUCGCGUGGCUUGCACCUCGAGGAUGAGUAUCCUAUGUCAGUGGGAAAGGAGAGAGCGAAGAAGUUGACCAAGGAAGCAGCGCCUCUAAAUCGAUGGCUUGACGUUAAAAAGGAUCUGGCAUCCACUGUCAUCUAUUUAAUCGGUGAUGAUUCACGAUACAUGACUGGAACUUCCAUCUUCGUCGAUGGUGCUCAGUCUCUAGUAAGGCCUCGUAUGCGCUCAUAUAUGUGAAGUUAAUAGACACUGGCAUUAUAUUUUGUCCAUUAGGACAUUGUAAUGUUGUGUAAAAGCACAAGGAUUGGUGCAAGACCUUUUAAAUGUUUGUCUGGUGAGGUUGAAUUUGUUUCAGAUCAGGGUUGAAUUUCAAUAAAGAUGACUUUUAUAUGCAUUU